UAGGAUUUUUCGAUGCCAAUUUUGUACUCUUUCAAAAAAGUUCUCACAUAUAUCAGCUCAACCCCUCCUUUAUCUGUUGUCUUUGUUGUGAUCUUCUCUCCAACUCUUAGGGACAUGCCUAAUUUUACAUGACGGGACUCCAUUUUACUAUGGAUCUGAGGUUUCUGCCCCAGUCCUGGUUCAUGGAUCUCCAUGACGUCUCAGCCUUUUCUUUUCUUUGACAAAUGGUUCCUAGUAUAUUUAGCCUUGCAACGAUCUUUUCAAUUUUUCAAUUUUGUCAGGUUUUCUUGUCUAAAUUACAACUAUUUGGUAUAAGUUUUCAAGAGGUCCUCAAGUUGGUAUAUCCUUGUUCCUCAGUUUCAUUAGGCUGUGUCUUGAAGUCUUUAUCCCCUGAUUACCAUUCCUCCCAGAGAACAUCUUCCUCAUCACAGUUUAGCUCGUCCUGCUAUUCUAGGAACUUAAUCUAUUUGAUUGGCCAUGAUACCCACCAAGUGUACAAAGAAUCGAGUAUCACCGAAAACCCCAAGCCCCCAGCUUAUCCCAGAGCUUACCUCUCCUCCCUGGCAUCAAUCGGGGAGUGCAUUAAAACUCAGAAAAAACAAGUCAAGGCGGUCUUUUACAGGAAAACAUCGCGAGCCCAAAAGGCACACUUCUCGAAUCUCUACCUCGAGAAUCACCCAAGAUCAAGAGCACUCCGAAGCAGAUGGAUCAAAGAGCCAUAAGGAGGGCAAAGAUCAAAUGUCAAGAGCAGUAAACCCCGACUUGAAAGACGAGAAGAGAUUGGAUGUUGGGGAAGCGAAGAAAGAAGCUAGUCCUGCAGCUCAAGAAAAUCCUUUCGAGCAAAGCCUUACGGAACGGAAGUACGCCAGGAAGAUAAGUCUUUUGUUACGUACGCAGUCGACUCGAGAAGACCCCUGCAGAGAUGCCCAUCAUGUUGGCGGGAAGAGUUGUUCGGGGUUGCCGGAGCGCGCUGCGCUGACCCCAAAGGUACUUGCCCAGGUUCAAAAUUUCGUUUACGGAGUACAACCGGCAAUUCGAAGUGAAAUUCAGGCAACGACCAUUGGUUGCUCACGGGACCUCUCACGAUUCGACUGGGCAUCUAAAUAUGGACUGAGACUCGACGCUUUCACUCGCCCCCGAAAGCACAAGCCAAGCACUGCCCCACGCCAAACGAACCAACAGAAAUCCUGGUCAAAGCAAUGGUGCCAAGAACCAGCUAGUUUGGACCCAGGAGGAUGA